AUGUUAACCCAACACGAAAUGUUUUAUUCCCGUUUUAUACAACAAUGGGUAAAGCUUGGACUUUUUUGUUACACGCUCAAAAAAGCUGGUGUUAAUGGCUUUUCCUUUGACACACUUGCCCACUCAGGCGCUCGGUCUCUUCAGAGCCAAGCCGCCGCAUUGGACUUCGCGGUUGCGAAUGGCCAACGUAGCAGCGUCCAUUUGACGGACGUGGCUUUGCAGAAACUAAGUGCAAUAGAAUAUAAGAAGGGCAUUCGUAAGUGCUGUGUCAACAAUUUUGCAUUAGCAUGCCAACUGGGUAAAAAUUGA